CUUAGUUUUUGCUUUAUAUGUUCUACUUUUUCUAGUUUUUAUGCAUUUUAGUUUUUUUUAGUAUUGUUGUAGUCCUUGCAAUAGUAUUUUCUAAAUUUAAAAUUUUUAUGUACUUUGAGGCGAUAUGGAUUGUGCUUUGUUCCGUUUUUUUACUUGGGUCAUUUAAAUGACAUAAAUAUUGGUUAGUGGACCUUAGUCAGUCCUAAAACUUUUAUGUCCAAGUUCCGAGACUUAAAACUUUAGGAAGAUAUUCCCUAAGGUGGGGGAAGAAAAAUUGCCCCUUAAUUAAGGGGCAAAGCGUGUAGACAUCGACACAUAAAAAUAAGGAACGCAAUUGUGCAGCCUACCGCCAACAUAAUGGCGGAUAGGCAGCCAAGGCCCCUGUCGGUAGUUUCGGCUACGUACCCUCAAUUUGUGGCUUUCACAUGCAUGCUGUCUAUAUGGAUUGGGCUUUGUUCCCUUUUUUUCACUUGGGCUGUCUGAAUGACAUAGAUAUUGGUUCACUUGCUUCCAACAGGCCGGUGGUGCUAAGUCCUAUACUCUAGAAUGUUUACUAUUAACAAGUGGAAGCUUUCCUCGGUUUGUGGCUUUCACAUGUAUGGGAAUAUUAUCCAAAAAGUUCUAAAUUUAUUAUUUUUUUGUCAAUUCAGUCAUAAACUUUUAAAUUUUGUCAAUCCUAAAUAUUUUCAUGCUUUGCCAAUUGAGUCUAUCUGGUCAAUUUUGGCCAGAAAUUACGUACGCAAAUGCCGACCGUCUCACAUGGCACGGCUGACACUGACACGGACAAGCUUCUUGAAGGCGACGUUUCAUUUCUUCACAGCUUCCAUGGUCGUGCAUUUGAGAUUUAAAUUUCUAGGCAUUUGAAGAGCAGCAAGAGUUCAUUCGAUAGCUAAAUAAUUUCAAUUUCGUUUUCAAUUAUAGGACGUAUUGAAAUUUUAGUCAUUUGUAAUCAAAAUUUUUACAUGCUUAUUAGAUGGGUGUAAUUUAAUAACUGAAUUUUGCUCAAUUACAACAUAGUUGAGGCAAACUGAUGAUGACAAACUUUUGUUCCGAUUUUUCCCCAAACUUGUAAGACAAUCCCACUAUGAGUAAGCUUUUGACAAAUAUUUGCUUUAAUUUCGACAUAUUAAACAAGGACCACUACUAACGAAGAAGUCCAUGAUCAAAUAGGUCCACAAAUAGACCCACCAUGAGCAAGCCUUUACUAAGGGGGCUAAGGCCAAAAGCUUAAGACCCACAUGCCGCCCGUCUGUUUCUCUGUAAAUACAGGAGCACGAUUCACAGAAGAAAAAAAUCGAAGCUCAUGCUUGUUGCAACUCCAAGAGUAAAAGAAUGAACAUAAUUACCAGCUUAGUACACUUUGAAGAGAAGUCGCCAAGCUUGGAGACCUAAUAAAGCUCAAGUCAUUCGGAGGGCCUAUAUGUGCAGAGCUUGUCAACGCAUAGAAGGGAAUUCUGUGAGUCAUUCUCAAUCACAAGCUCCACUAGUCAUUGUCAAGUAGUGCAAUACCAAUGGCCGAGGCUGUUGUUUCGUCCGUGGGGCGGGCAGUAGGAAAUCUGCUCAUCGACGAGGCCAAAUUCUUGUUGGGCGUGGAGGGCAGGGUCGAGGACCUGUACAGGGAGCUUAGGCUGAUCCGGUGCUUGCUGAGGGAUGCGGAUGCGAGACGAGAGCACAACGAAGCUGUGGGAGAAUGUGUCGCACAACUCCGAGACUUCGCCUAUGAUGCCGAGGACAUCAUCGAGAGAUACACCCUCAGAGUCGCGCUGAAGAAGGAACAAUACAUCACCAGAGCGUGUGCUUGCUUCGUGGCGAAGUGCACGUGCGUGGAGGUUCAUAUGGUGGGGACAGAGAUUGAGGACUUAAAAUCCAGAAUUUCCAAUCUUAGAACGAGCAUGCUGGCUUUUGGCGUACAACCUGCGAAUGAAGGCGACCGCAAAUGGGGGAGAGAUUUGACGUCGAAACGUACUCAUUCCCCUUUCGGGGAAGAUUUUGUUGGGAGGGAAGAUAGUAUUAAGGAGUUGGUGAAGCUGUUGAAGGAUGAAAAACAGCAGAGAGUUAUUUCUAUAUGGGGAACGGGUGGUGUGGGUAAAACCUCACUUGCUAGGAAAGUCCUUGCUCAGGAUGACGUGAAGAAAAAUUUCACUGGUUUCGCUUGGGCUUGCGUAUCUCAAGAGUACGACGUGAAAGAUAUUUUGAUGGAAAUUCUCCUUAAAUUGAUCCCUAAUCAAAAUGAGAGUGUUAAGAAUAUGAUAAAUCAUGAAUUAUCUGAAAAACUACAAGGGACCUUGAAAGAAAAGAGUUGUAUCGUGGUUCUUGAUGAUAUAUGGACCAAAGAGGCAUGGGAUAGUCUUCAAGAUGCACUCCUGGUUGAGAACACAAAAAGCAAGCUAUUGAUAACAACCCGAAAUAGAGAUGUAGCUGAGUAUAUCAAUCCUCAAGGGAUCCAUGAACUUCGAUGCUUAUCGGACCCAGAGAGUUGGGAUUUAUUAAAGAAGAAAGCAUUCCCUGAAACAAAAGAAAUCACUGAAGAUAUGAAGAAGUUAGCACAUGAACUCCUUAUGAAGUGUGAAGGAUUGCCCUUGGCUAUCAUUGUGCUUGGUGGAUUGCUGUCCGUCAACAAGUGGAAGACGAUUCAUGAAAAGAUCAAUUUGCAUUUUAGUGAUAAGAACGAUGUAUCAAAAGUGUUAGCCUUAAGCUAUGAUGAUUUACCAUGGCAUCUAAAGCCAUGCUUCCUCUAUUUGGGUAGCUUUCCUGAGGAUGCAAAAAUCCUUGCAACAAAAGUUCUUUACAUGUGGAUUGCUGAAGGUUUUGUGUCGCUGAAUGCAUAUGACAAAGAGAGAGAAAUUUCAGUGGAAGAUGUAGCGGAGCAAUAUUUAGAGGAGUUGGUUAACAGAGGAAUGGUUCAAGUACGAUUAAAAUUAAGUGGAAAGAUCAAAAGCUGCCACCUCCACGACCUGAUGCGAGACUUAUGCAUCUCCAAGGCUCUGCAAGAGAGUUUUCUAAGCAUUCAUAACAUUCAACAGGACAAUGAGAUGGAGAAUUGUUCUGCUUCAAUGGCAUUAAAUGUUGGGUCAAGUUGCAAAAUACGAAGACUUUCUCUUAAUAGAAAUGUGAUUCCAAGCUUAAAAGCAAGAGGAAGGACUUUGGUCCACCUUUGAACUCUCAUGUCCUUCGAAGGUGUCACAUGGGACUCGAAGCAAUUUCAACCUAUUUUCGACCAUUGUAUGUUUCUUAGAGUUCUGAAAUUGGAGAACCUUAAUGUGAAGAGAAGCUUACCUAAAUCAAUGGGAGACCUAGUCCAUUUAAGAUUCUUAAGUUUAGCAGGUGGUAGGUUUAACGGCUUGCCACAAUCUAUGGGGAACAUUAUAUGUAUGGAAUUCUUGGACCUGCUUGUGGAGACAUAUGUUAAGGUUUCCAUGCCAAAUGUGUUGUGGAAGAUGAGAAGGUUGAGGUAUCUCCGUCUUCCCUACAAAUUUGCCAUCGAGGAGAAAUUCCUUUGGGACCGAAAGAAGUUGCGGUUGGGCACUUUAAAGAAUCUACGGACAUUAAAAAACUUUAAUAGGGAGAAUUGUGAUGUGAAUGAUGUAGGCAAGCUUACCAAUCUACAAAAACUUACUGUCUUUGACGAGCAUGAUUCUAUCGGGCUAGAGAUAUUUCCGCAACUUGCUGAAUUCAAGUUGAAACAUCUUCAAUCCUCGUCUUUUUAUUUGAAAAAAUAUAAAUCUUUAUGGACUGAAGGUGAAUUGAGUAAAAUGUCAAACUAUCCCCAUUCCUAUAAGCUGUCCUUAGGAGGGAAAAUAGAGAAGUUAUCGGAACAGGAACAUAGAAGUCUUCCCCAACAAUUGAGGAAGCUGGUCUUACUAUUUUCCCAACUCGAAGAAGAUCCGAUGCCAAUAUUGGAGAAAUUGGAAAACUUGGUUUUUCUCAUGCUGGGAGGUCAGGCUUUCACGGGAAAGGAAAUGGUUUGCUCUGCAGGAGGCUUUCCUCAACUCAAGCAUUUACUUUUUUGGGCAUUACCUCAUUUGGAGGAGUGGAAGGCUGAAGGAGCCGUGCCUCAUCUUUCUUGAUUAGGGAUCGCAGAGUGUCCCAAAUUGAUGGUGGUGCCUUCACAUGUCUCUAGAUAUGACGGUGCGCACGAAAUAUUCAAGGAGGGGAAGAAGCAGGGCAUUUUUUGAUGAAUUUUCCAUGUCUUCUUUCCAUCAUAAAUCAUCAUUCAUUUCGUUUUCCCUCUCAUCCCUGAGGACUUGCAAAUCAGCAGGGGGUGGAACUGGAAUCUGUUGUUUCGCUCGCUAUCGAGAGAACUCGGCGACUUUGCUCAUGGAAGACUGCAAGGUUCUCCCGAGCGCCAUGAGGAGGAGAAGGAGGAAGAGGAGCGAAUUCGAUGAGUCUCCAAAAGACGGCUGACGAGAGGCAUCUGAGGAAAUAAGAGUUGUCGCUUGUGGUGUUGGUGUUGAAGUCUUUAACUUUAAGUUUUUUUUAUGUGCUUUUAGUUUUUACGUGUCUUCAAUAAUGUAAUAGUGGAGUCCUAGUCAAUAGGAAGUGGCUUGUUUUUAUAGUUUGUUUCUGCAUAUGUUCUGGUUAGUGGGGUAUGUUAGUGGGUCUUUGUUGUUGCUAUUCUGUAGCUAUUUUCUUGCUAAGUGGUUUGGAUGUUCUGCCUAUUUAAUAGGCUUAUGUUCUGAUGAAAAAUAACGAGAGUUACAGCAGCAUCUCUUAUGUGUCUUCUUCUCUUUGAUUAAAUUUCAACAGUUGGAAGACGUCAUCGUGGAAGCUGAUGCAUUGCAGAGGAGAGGAGAUUCGAUCGUUUCCAUAGUGCUGGUCAGAUGUUUGAUGAAAUGCGGAUGUGGAGUAGAAACUAGGGUACAUUAAUUUGAAAUUGGCUUGUUGCUUUCGGUUUGUGCAAUUGAUUUCUUUGUAUAUAGAGAUAAACGAUAAUGAGAAAUACAACAGCGCAUUUUGCAUC